UGAAGGUCGUCGGACGUCGGAGUGGUCUAUCCGGAAUCAAUCGCAUCUAAUCAACAGUAGCCAGACCAGUGUCAUUCGUUCGCUCCUUCGAUGUGGGCUCAACAUGGAUCCUGGCCAGGCCCCGUCGGCUCGUUCACCUCCAUUUUGUCUCAGCACGUGUCCACCGGGCCCGCCGCUUCCGCUCAUUGGCGACAAAUAUGGCGGUCAGCCGGUUCAGCGCCCUCGCAGGCGCCGGUCAGACUGUGGUGGACGCGCUGGGAUCAGUUUGCAGCGCGCCAAAUCUGGCCCCGUCUGAGCGCCUGGCGAGCUAGUCCGUGCGUUGCGGUUGAGACUGCGCCACCGGCCAGCCCUCCUCUGGCUGAGCAUUGGCGUGCCCCUCAGUACACCUCCAGCCCCACUUUUUUUGAGAAUAAUUAUGGUUUUGCCCCUGAGGCGUUGGACUGCGCCACUGGACCUACUCCGUGGGGACAUGGUGGGUGGGUUGAGCGCUUGCGACCGCCCAUGGGCGCCCAAUGGCAAAGCGUGCGCGGAUUUAAGACCCGUCGGCGCACGGCCAAUAGUCAUGGCGUGCCCUUCAAACGCACCACGGAGAGUCAGAGUGAGGCCAUGACCGCUCAGCGGGAUCACCUCGACCGAAUGCCAGGCCGAACCACCAAAGACACCACGGAUCAGAUCUUUAUGGACUUAAAGCCCAUGCUGAUGGAGCCUAAUGCAGUCAAGCAGGCCAUCGAGAUGUCUUAUACCAAAGGCACUUUAAACGGCAUUAACACGGCCGGCGGCUUGGACGAGAACAAGAGUGCGCCCUCCAAAUCCAGUCGCACCUCCGAUCUCUUCAAGAACGCGAUCAUUGUGGCAUUCAUCUUUGGCGUGGGCUACGUCCUGGCCACCUCGUCCUCAGUGAGUGGGAUGAUCAAAUCCGAGGUCAAGAUGAUCGUGCCUCAAGAGAUUCAGGUCUCAUUCGAUGACGUGCGAGGGUGUGACGAGGCCAAGCAGGAGCUCCAGGAGAUUGUCGAGUUCCUGAUGAAUCCCGACAAAUUCACGGCAUUAGGCGGGAAAUUGCCCAGUGGAUGCUUAUUGGUGGGUCCACCGGGAACGGGCAAGACCCUCUUGGCUCGAGCAGUAGCCGGGCAAGCCGGCGUCCCAUUCUUCUACGCCGUUGGAUCAGAAUUUGAUGAGGUGUUUGUGGGUCAAGGAGCUCGGCGUCUCCGAGAUCUGUUCAAGACCGCCAAAGCCCAUGCCCCUUGCGUGGUUUUCAUAGACGAAAUCGACUCCGUAGGUUCGCAUCGCUCCAAGUCCAUGUUGAGUCCGUACGCCAACCAAACCAUAAACCAACUUCUCUCCGAGAUGGACGGGUUUGUGGCCAACGAAGGUGUGAUCGUUUUGGGCGCCUCCAAUCGUGUGGGAGACUUGGACAAGGCCCUUCUGCGCCCAGGUCGUUUUGACACCCAAGUUGAGGUGCCCAAGCCGGAUCUGAAAGGUCGAAAAGAGAUUCUGGAGCUGUACUUAAGCAAGAUCAAGCACGACUCCUCGGUCUCAUUGGACACUUUGGCCAAGAUGUCCAUUGGAUUCUCGGGCGCCGACCUGGAGAACAUGGUCAAUACCUCGGCCAUUCGAGCGGCCGUGGAGGGCAAAACCGCCGUUUCCAUGGCGGAAUUUGAGUAUUCCCAUGACAAACACAUCCUGGGCACCAAUUGGAAGUCUCGAGUCAGGGAUGAGGAGGAGUUGAAGAUCACCGCAUACCACGAAGCCGGCCACACCCUCGUAGGUUACUACACGGAGCACGCUCAACCUCUACACAAGGUCACGAUUGUGGCCAAAGGAAAUUCGGGUGGACACACGGCGUAUUUGCCUGAGAAAGAGAUCCCCAUCUCGAGCAAGUGUCAAUUUGUGGCCAACAUGGAUGUGGCCAUGGGCGGACGAGCGGCUGAGGAAUUGAUCUUUGGCAAGGAAAAAGUCACAGCCGGAUGCUCUUCGGAUUUGGAUAGCGCCACCAACAUUGCCGAAGCCAUGGUCAAAAAGUUGGGUAUGUCGGAGAAAUUGGGACUCCGAGUGUAUUCGGACCCUGAGCCCGGUUCUUUUGCUGCCAGCUCGCCCUUGGGACCUGGUACAAGCGAGACCAUUGAUCACGAGGUGAACCAAUUGCUCAACGACUCCUACAAACGAGCCUCCAACAUCCUGAAAACCCACCGAGGUCAAUUGGAAGAACUAGCGCAAGCACUUUUGAGCUACGAGACUUUGGAUGCUGAGGACGUCAAGGCUAUCAUCGGGGGCGAUAUGAAGGCAGUGGAAAAGAAAUUGAGCUCCUUCAAGAAGACCAUUCUCAGCUCGAAGGACUCAAAAAUCUCGACCGCUCCGGAAAACAUGCCCUUCGGACACCCGAAAGCCACCACGGGCAAACCCGAUGCGCUCGUGUCUUGAACGGAAAAUGCAACCAAGCAAAGCAUCGAUAUCGGACGAUAUUUUGAAUACAUUCAGAUCAUUAUUAUUAUUAUUAUUUUCAAAACAAUCAUCACUUCUCAAGCCUCUCCAACAGUGUGACAGGACUGUGGGGCUGCAGAGGUCGCUCGAAUUGUGUCAUUGUCUGAUCGGGUGAAGACGAAGAAAAACCUGAAAGGCCGGGAUUGUGUUUCUCGAUUUACGGCAAACAAUUCUCCAUCAAUCAAGUCACUAACCAAAGAAGCACCGGGGACCCUCCUUCCUCGAUGAAACGGGCGUGAGUAAGAGGUGACCUUCCCUUCUUUGACCGGGAAAUUUAGUCGAACUCGUUACCAAAUGACUAUCGCCAUCAUUUGGGAGGGGGGGUAGGGGGAGCUUUGGUGUUGUUAAAUCGCCUUCGUGAUGAAGUGUUUAGUGCUUGCUCCAAUGCAAUUGUUGAUCGUUGAAGUGAAAUAAAAGUCUCUGCCAGUU